UUUUGCCAUUCAAAAAUUUUUCACCGUCAUUAUUGGGUAUGGAUAACGAAUUAUCGAGCAUCCGACGAUGAAUUACGAUGACGAAUGUCUGGCAUUGAACCACAUUCCGUGCGUCACGAUACGAACGAAAACCCCGCCUGGUGAAAAGGUGAAAAGUAAAUGCCACAUGUAAAGCAGUCCCGCUGAAGGCCAAUAAGCAAUAUUGGUAUGCUUACAAGGAAUGCUAAUCGAAAGCAAAAGAUCUCUUGCAGACAACCAGUUAUAUUCAACCUAAACAAGGACUCUUCAUUCGCGUUCCCACGACUUUGAACACGUCUGCCACGCAGGUCGCAGGAUAACGAUCUGGUUGCUGUUUUCCCACCUCACACUGUUCGCAAGAGUGUUAAAAUGCUGGGCACCGAGUCACUCAAGAGACGACAGGAUGAGGCAAUGCCCAAAGGCAAAGACGCACCAGAGAAUAUCAAAGCGCGUCGUGAAUCGAGGGGACUCGACGCUGAGGAUAAAUGCGAGAACAAAAGGAAAACAACAGAGGAUUCAUGGUUUGUUUCCGACGAACUAUCAGAUGGCUUGGUGUUGUUUUCAUCUGACGAGGGAAGAAAGAUUUUCUUCGAAUCAGCAAGCUCAGGUUACCUAAACAGCUAUUUCGAGUUGGCCCAAAACUUCCUGACUUCGUUCGAGCCUCGUUUCAGUUGUAGUCUGGCCACACUAACCAUGUGUCUGAACACUUUUCGCGAGGACCCACAUAGGAUAUGGAAGGAUGUCUACCGCUGGUACGCGCAGACGAUGCUGGAACAUUGUGUACCUUACAGGGUAAUCGAGGGCAACGGUGUUGUGUUCCAGCAGUUCGCGUGCAUGGCCGAGGCGAAUAAUCUUAAGGUGGCUCUGGUGCGUAACCUCAAGCCAACGGCGACGAUUGAUGAGUUUAGAGAGGUUUGCAAGCGAACAACAUCAGGUUCGUGUGACGAGAUAUUGGUUGUGUGUUAUCACCGGAAAGGGUUGGAUCAGAAAGGCACCGGGCAUUAUUCCUCAAUCGGCGGUUACCACCCGGAGAAAGACCUAGUUCUCGUGUUCGAUAUAUCUAGGUACAAGUACCCACUGCACUGGGUACCGGUUAAACGUCUCUGGAAUGCCAUGACGAUGUUUGAUAGCGUCACUGGUAAUCCUAGAGGGUAUUUUGUUUUAACUAAAAGAACGCAUCUCGAUAAAUCUAGCCUCUUGUUGUUUAAAACUAUAAAUCCCGAGGAUUCGCCUUCCUUUCACAGAGGAUGGCUGAAGUUUUUUGAGACAGCUUUACUGCCGUGGCACAACUGGAUGAAAAGUUCCGACGUCCAGACGGUUGAUUCACUCGCAAUGCUGGGUUUCGUUGUGAGGACGUUGUUUCGUUUUAUGACGAGCUCACGAUGUUCAGGCAUCGAUCAUCUCGCUGGAAUUCAUAUGCGUCUGGAAUUCAAGGACGCGGGUUCCUCUUUGAACAAGAGAUGCUUGGUCUGUGAAGUUCGUGAAGCCAUCGAAAGCAACGUUUUGUGGAAAUUCGUGGCGGACGAGAUUGCGAAAGGAGACAAACAGAAUGGUGAGCUGAAAAGGUGAUGAAAAGACACAAGAACAAUCACCUUGCCAGUGUUGGUCAAUGCUAAUUGAUGAAGUCGCUCAAUAUCAACACGCAUAUUCAUCAAAGAUGUGUUGUGAUUUGAAAAUCCAGCCAUCUGUCUGUCAUUUGCGACAGUUUAACCUCGCUCAUUAUAUAACAAUGAUUGUGUUGUCAUGGCCUUACGACAUAAACGAGAUGAAUGGUCAAAGAAACAACACCCGUGUUAGCACGGCAAUGAAUGAUAUCGUAUCAGCCGAAUCGUCCAGAAUGAGUAAGUUGUUGAAGGAAGAGGUCGCCAAUUGUAGACGACGUUUUCAAAAAACACAGUUUGCUCUGCAGUAGAUUUGAACAGCUUGUAAACUAUGUAUUACAAGACGAAAUUAGCUAGCAUAUGAAGGAGUUCCUUCAAAUAAUUUUAUUAAAAGUUUUCCUAAGUUAUUAGUACCAUA